AGAAUGCCUCUGGCGGAAGCAGCCGCGUUGAUGCUGACUAUAAUGGUGGCGAACGACAUCGCGUUGCUUGACUGUGUCUGCGGCCACCUCGCCCAACACUACGAUAACAUCUCCCACGACGACGAUGAACUGAACAGCGUAGUCAGAGGCGGUGAAAAACUGAUAUGGGUGGCCUACUGUUCUGAUGUGGAUGGAUAUAAGCUGAUCACACAGUGCGAGGCCGUCAAGACGCCGUCCGCCGCGUUGCCUAUUGUUGCGCGUCUGGCGCAGAGCAGCUGGAGGGAAAGACAGCUGCCGCACGCGGAGCAGCAGCUGUGCGUUGAGUUGUUGGUGGCGAUGCGCCGCCUCACGCUGCGGCAGGCCAGCCAAGUAGCCGGGGCCCUCCCGUGUGUCGUCCCCGCCGACUGCCUCGACUCGUGCCCAGUACAGGGGUACGUACGUCACAACCACUAA